UACGUACUUGUGUGGAUAUACGUAAAGAUUCAAAUAAUGUAAACACGGAAAAUUUACUGGUAUAUAUUCUACUAAACGCAAUUAUCGAAAUCUUUUUCCAUUAAAAGUAAUUAUCGAAAACACAAUAAAAAUCUAUGCAUCGAAAAAUAAACUAUUUAUGUGCUAUGCCAGAAUGUGGAUGACGAUCGAUUUCUUUACCGGCAAGCAAAGAUGUAGACAAUGAAAAUAAUUUUACAAGAUAUAAAAAUAUUUCGUAUUCUAUCCAUUUUCACCUCUUGUUUUUAAUAUCGAUAUCGAUACAAUGACAAAUUUUUUACGAGCCUAAUGCCUAAUAAGUACCUAACCUACAAACGUGUUGCGAAGUAUUAAAAACACAUUAUUUUAAAAUAUAAACUUAUCAUUAAUCGUGCAUGUGUUUGUGAAGUUUUAUUUGUUGAAUGUAUUUAUAUAUCAUACGGACAUGAAAUCUAAAUCGUUCGAACUGCCAAAACAGUCUGCGGACAAAGUGAAACAAACAACAUAUGACUUUGUAAACUUUUAUAAAUCCGCCUCCGAUACUAGUGGUAAUUUAGUUGAGAAACGCAAAUCCGACGACCGGAUCAUCAAAGAAAAUGUCGUUACAAAUAAAUUACUCACGCCGAAAAUAAGGGGUAACAAAAAAAAUAAGAAAUUCCAUAAUAAUAUUUUUAAUUCGCCCCACGCCACUGAAAGUGCUUCUUUGGACGAUUCGAAGGUAACAUCGACACCUAAUGUAGUAAAAAAAGACGUAAAGUCGGAAGUUAAAUCCAUAAUUAAAAAUAAAUCUCCAAUAGAAAGCUCAAUGGAAGAGUCCAACAUUAAUAUUUCUAAUAUUAAAUCUAAAAAGAGAAAUAAGUCUGUCAGUUUUAUGCUAGAUGACACUGAAGGAGUUGCCAUAAAGAAGUCCAAGUCAGAGGGAAAGGCAAGUCACCCAGAAAAACUGGAUAAAAAUGAAGGCAAAAUUAAAAAGCCUAAAAAGUCUAAAAAGAAACUGCACGAUGAAAAAGAAAAUAAAGGUGAUUUAAGAAACAACAUCAUAGAUACUGCAGCAAUAGAAGCUGACACUUUACAGCUCAAUAACAAUAAUAAUAUAGAAAAUACACAUGAAACUACAGAGAAAACUGUUAAAAAACAUCACAACAAAGUUAAAAAAGCUAAAACCGUUACAGUGGAAGGUAAUUCUGUCACAAUAAAUAGAGAGGGCGAUGAAGUUAAAAUAAAGAAGAUUAAAAAGAAAAAGCGUCACAUCGCACCAACAGAAUUAGAUACAGAGAAUGCUGAAACAGAUGGAGAACCUGCCCAAAAAUCCCCAAAAAAGGAUUCAAAGCCAGAUAAAAUAGCACAAGAUUUGGAAAAUUUGAAUAUUGGAGACAAUGCACACACUCUAACAAAUCUGUUAGAUGAAAUGCUAGUUGUUGAUAAGAAUAAGAAAAGGAAAAAUAAACAGAAACUCAAAGAUAAAGAAAAGAAAAAUAAAUCAACACUCACAAGUAGUACAGGCAGUGAGGUUGAAGGUGCAGAGAAAAAGAAAGGCAAAGAUAAGAAGCAAAAGAUACAUAAGACAGUAAAUACAAAUGCUGAACAAAGUACAAAUACUGAAGGUGAGGUAUCCGAAGAGAAAGAGAAAGUCAAAUGGGUCAAACGUAAGUGGAACAAGGACAAAAAGGGUGGUGCAGCUGUAGACAAACACUUAACCUCAGUUAUUGUUGAAAAUCUGCCCUUUGACAUUAUGUUUACUUACAAAAAACUCUUGGCAGAGCAUUUUGAAAAGUUUGGAAUGAUAAGACAGGUUGGAAUUGCUGAAAUGUAUCCCACAGAGGACCCUAAGCCUGUGUUUACCACAACAAUUAACUUCUACAGUGAAGAUGGUGCAGAGAAGGCGUUAGAAGAAGACAACACAGUAUUCGAAGGCGCCCGAAUCCGUGUGAAGCGCCCGCAGCCGCCGACGCUGACGACGCUGGUGGUGCGCUCGUACGCGGACCUGACCGAGCAAGCCCUGAGCUCCGCGUUCAGCGGCGCCGGACGGAUCCGGAGCAUCAGGCAUUUGGUUAAAGGAAAGAAGUCUUUGUCAACAGCCUUCAUAGAAUUUGACGGACCAAAAUCGGUAGAGCGCGCUUUAAAGAUGGCGGACGACGCUAAAAUUGGCGGGAAGAAGAUACACGUUGCCAAAUAUGAGUUACGCGCCACAAACAAGAGACAAGACAGGAAUCAAGAAGAGAAUGACGAUAGUGACAAUUCAAAUGAAUAAUUUUUUUAUAGAGGAUUCCAUUUUUCUGUGACAAGGUCUGAAAAUUGCUAUAGCUAAACGGGCGAUUAAAUUAAAAAGAUGAUAUACGGAACGGAACUCCUUAAUUUUUUUAUUUAACAUCCAAUAUAAUCCAUCAAAUGUAAUCCGAUUUUGAUGCUGAUUCUGUCAUUGGUUAUAUAUUUGUAAUAGCGCCAU